AAGCAAAGGGCAGAGGCCCAAAGCAACCAAAUUUCAAGUUGAAGUUCACCCUCCUCAAAGCAACCAGACUAAGUCUGUCAACUUCCUUCUUCACCAAGUACUCCAUUUUCCACUCUUCUUCUUCGUCUUCUUCAGUCCCUCUAUAGAUCCUUCCCGUCAACUCCGAAAGCUCGGUUCUCUGUUUACACCCGUAAAUUUUCUGUUGGGAGAUAAUUGAAGAAAAGAGAGAAAGCAAGUACUCAUACUUGUAAGACAUUGUUCCACUCAUGCCUGUGAAGUGUAUAAUUAAUAUGAACAGGAAUCUCUCUGAUGGCGCAAUUUAAGGGGGGGCAUUAAAAUUGCCUGAUCGCCACCCUGCUCAGCUCAUAACCCUCUUCCCUUGAGUCUAAAACUCUCCUUUUCCAUUUGAUUCUGAGGGUGUUUUUUGCGAUUCAUUUGUAGAGAUAUACGCACAUCUCUCUCUGUGUGUAUAUAUAUACACUUGUGGAAACGAAAAUGCUUACAUGCAUAGCACGUUCGAAGCAACCGAGCGAGGACUCAUCGUCGAUCGAUCAUCUGCCUCCAGAAAAAUUCAACUCCAAUGGCACUCCUACAAAACAAGCCAUUAAAACGCUCUCCUCUCAGAUCAAGGAUAUGGCAUUGAAGGCGUCGGGUGCGUACCGCCACUGCGCGCCGUGCGCGAACCAGCCGGCUGCUCAGCAGCGGAGGAGCGGGAGCUACGACGCUGGCGAGUCCGACGCCGCGUUGGCUUUAGACAAAUUCCGUUGGUCUUACCGGCGGACAGGGAGCUCAAGCUCAAACUCGAGCUCGACAGCGGGGAGGAGGGAGCUGGAGGCGAGGCUGAAGGGGAUUUCCAGCGGGGAAGGUACGCCGGCGUCGGCGAGUGGACGGCGGGUCGACCCGGUUGUGUUCGUGGAAGAGAGCGAGCCAAAGGAGUGGGUGGCUCAGGUCGAGCCUGGCGUGUUAAUUACCUUUGUGUCCUUGCCGCGUGGGGGCAAUGAUCUUAAGCGGAUUAGAUUCAGUCGGGACAUGUUCAACAAAUGGCAAGCUCAAAGGUGGUGGAGCGAAAACUGUGAAAAGGUGAUGGAACUGUACAAUGUGCAGAGGCUAGAUCGCCAAGCUUUCCCUGUUCCUUCAGCUCCAAGAUCUGAAGAUGAUAACAGUUCAAAGAUGGAAUCCAUAGAGGACAGCCCCGUGACACCACCUCUGGGUCGAGAGCGACUACCUCGUACUCUAUGUCGACCAACUGGAACUGGAAUGGAGUACUCCUCAUCAGAUUCAUUUGACCAUCAAUCAAUGCAUUCCCGGUCCAACUAUGACUCUUGUGGUGUUGCCUCGACUCCAAAACUCUCUAGCACUAGCGGUGCUAAAACAGAAACGUCAUCUAUGGAUGCCUCCAUGAGGACUAGCUCCUCCAGAGACGCUGGAGAUAUAUCCAUCAGCAAUGCCAGUGAUUUGGAAACCGAAUGGGUCGAGCAGGAUGAACCCGGUGUGUACAUUACCAUCAGGGCUCUGGCAGACGGUAGACGAGAACUCAGACGCGUCAGAUUCAGCCGCGAGAAGUUCGGGGAGAUGCAUGCAAGAGUAUGGUGGGAAGAGAAUAGAGCAAGGAUACAUAAACAGUACUUGUGAUUGGAUUGAACAAAAGAUGAGUACAGAUGCUUUACUUUGAUGAUUGAGGAGGUUCUGCUGCUGCUACACCUAAGAGCUUGUGCUUGUGCUUGUGAUGAGCUGCAGCCAGCAUCUGUGUAUUGAUGCAUACAUGAAGAAAGGUCACUGCUUGUGGGCACUUGAGAGAGCCUUGUGUUUCUUGUUCCCUGUAUUUGAAUUUGAUUACAUAUAAAUUGUGUCAUAUUAUGGGUAUUUUCAUUUCAAUAUAUUAUAUAAAUAUGGAAUCUUUUGGGGUAUAAAUUGUAAUUUGAAGAGAAUGCAUUGGCCACUUUUUGCUGUUAAGAAUUUUAUUUAAGUUU